AUGUCGACUGAACAAGCAAACGGAAAAGUUAUGGAGGAGAAGAAGGACAAAGUUGCCGAGGUGACCGAGAAAUUGGACAACCUCGCUGUCGACAAAACCAACGAGGCGAACGACAACAAGCCGGCUCGUCGUGGUGGACGCGGAUUCCGCGGGCGUGGACGCGGUCGCGGAGGUCGCAUGGGAUACGUUCCAAGACCACCAUACGAGGAGCAGGUGAAGCAAAUCGAGGAGGACCUGAAGACCAAGAGAGUUCUCGAGAAGGGCGUCAAAGGAUACGUCAAAUGGUUCUCUGUCCGCGGACGCUAUGGAUUCGUUGCCCGCGAGAAGGCCGCCGAUGAGACCGAAGACUUCUUUGUUCAUCAAACCGCUAUUUCCAAGUCGAGCACCAUCAAGUACUAUCUUCGUACUCUUGAGGAGGACGAACCAGUCGUCUUUGACAUCGUCGAAGGACGCAAGGGCCCUGAAGCCGCCAACGUAACCGGACCAGAUGGCGAGAACGUCCGUGGAUCGAGAUUCGCUCGAUCCCUUCUCACUCGUUGGGGACAUCGUGGUGGUGCCAGAGGAGGACGUGCUGGAGGACGCAAGCCACGAGAGAACACUGGUGACGAGAAGGAAAAGCCAGCUGCUCAGGAAGAGAGUGGUGAUGGAGAGGUUCGCGGAAAGCGCCGUGUUCGUCGUGCUCGUGGAAAGCUCCAGCCAGACGCUGAAAAUGGGGAGAAGCCACAAGAGAAGGGAGAUGGUGACGCCACACCAGCGGACGGAGAGAAGAAAGGCCGCCGUCGCAACCGUAACACCAAGGGAAAGAAAGAGGCAGGAGAGGCAACAGAGCAGAAACAAGAAGGUGCCCCAACUAAGGCCUAG